UUUGUUGUUUGGGUUGAGCAGCAGGUGUGGUUCAGAGGGAGGGCGAGGCGCUCAUAUAUUGCAGUCAUGGAAGGGUUUUAAAACGUUUUUUCCACGCUGCAAAGAUGGGGAGGAGUACAGGAGAUUUGUUAUUAGCAACAAUACUUGCUUAUUGUUGCUAUGUGAUGUCACCGGCCGAAGAGAUUUUGCCUCGAGGGUGUUUCACAAAUGAUGCAGAAAGACCUUUUAUGUAUCACUCAUCCAGUGCAGCAAGUGGAAAGAGUGUGACUGCCUGUGUUGAUGAGUGUAGAACCAAGUUAAUGAGAUAUGCUGGAUUACUUAAUGGCAACAAGUGUUUGUGUGGAGAUGUUGUUAGUGGCAAUCCAUCAGAUUUGUGUACUGUGCAGUGUUCAUCAAACUCUUCACAGGAAUGUGGUGGUGAUGGAGUAAUGAGUGUGUAUGAAACUGGCAAAGGGAUCCUUGGUGCCCCAGUGUCUCUUACGCAGGUGGACAGUGGUCCAUCUAGUUUGCAUAUUAACUGGGAACCUCCUGCUGAGGGACUUUCAGAAAUUCUGGAAUAUUAUGUAAGUGCUAUUCCUGUUUUUACCUAUAGUGAGAGUGACCCACCUAGACCAAUGAAAUGGGUGUACUCUGCCCAUACUGGCACUGCUUGGCUUCAUGGCGUACAACCUGGCACUAAAUACUUGGUGGAAGUUAAGGCUGCUUCAGCUGCUGGUCUUGGUUACCCUCAGUCUAGGGAAAUGUGGACCAAAGUUGGAAAACCCGAGACGCCUGCAUCUCCGGAACUUAUAAGCCGGACUUCCUCCACCAUGACUGUGCAGCUCCAGUCUGUUCCUCCAACUAAUGGUCCCAUCACAGCCUAUCAGAUAGUGGUUAUAGAUGAAACUGUUACUGUUGAGUUCCAGCCCGAGCUACUUGAAGAUUAUCAUGGAGCUAUGGAGAAAGGUCUUCCAUUUUACAUAACAGCUCAGUUCCCUUCAGAAAAUUUUGUGACCACAUUUACAGUUGGUGAUAGACAGCUUUAUGGUAAUUACUACAAUGCUCCAUUAAGUGAAGGUAUAGAUUAUCACAUAUUACUUGGUGUUCUAAGUACACUUAAUGAAACAAAAGCAGCUUAUUCACCUUCAAAUCAUGAACAGCAUGAAAGUACCAUACUUGAUGAAUUUGUACAUAGUAAUGAGAAUCCCAAUAUUAAUAUCCAUUUGGCUAACAACAGGAAGCUGAUCUUAGGAUUGUCCAUUGCUAUAGGCCUCUUUGGCUUUCUUCUGGUUGCAUCCAUUGUUUUGUAUGUUGCCUUGAGAGUGUUGGUCAAGAAAAAUCGCCGGUCCUUAGAAAAUCAAGAGCUUGCCAUUCAUGCUCAUCAACCAAAUCAAGACAUUGAAAAUGGCUAUGCAGUGGGUGCUCAUUACGUGGAUGAGGAAACACCCCCAGCAGAUCACUACCGCCAGUUGAAGGAGAGAGUUUGGAUCAUUCCUCACCAAGGACUUAACAUUGUUGGAGACAUUGGCACUGGGAAAUUUGGAGAUGUGAGAAAGGGAGUGGUGGUGAACAAAGCUAACCAAAUAAAUGUGUUGGUUCAGCGAAUAACAGAUGAUACUCUGGAUAGGAGUAGUAAGGUACAAAUGUUGCGUGAAUUUGAUGCACACAUACGCAUUGGUUCCCAUCCACACAUCAUCUCUCUUGUGGGACUCAUGGAGGAACUCAGCAUAAUCUCUGUGGCCUUUGAAUAUGAAACUGCAACUCUCAAAACCCAUCUAGUUGAGAGCCGUGCUGUCCAACACUAUCCUGUGUAUGCUGAGAAGAACAGAAGGUUUUCAACACUUCUGGAAGGACAGGAGCGGGGUGUGAGCGGUCCAAUCAGUGCAUCACAGGCACCAUUGUUGGCAAUACAGGCCCUAGAUGUUUUGGCUGGAGUAGCUCGAGGCAUGAGUCACCUAGCAUCACUUGGUGUGGUUCAUGGUCAACUGUGUGCUAGGAAUGUGGUACUUGUGGAUGGUACUCACCCAAAAGUUACUGGAUUUGGCCUUCUUCAUUACCAUAAUGAUCUAUAUGUGCCAGAUUACAGGCGGUGGCAUGCAGUUGAAACUUUACGAACCAAGUUGUCAGUAUCAAAGAGUGACACUUGGUCAUUUGGCUGCCUGAUGUGGGAAGUUACAACUCUUGGUGGAACUCCCUAUGCAGACGUACGCACUGAAGAUGUUGUUGGCAGAGUAAUGCGAGGACUCCGGUUAUCUCAGCCUCAGUAUGUUGGUGAUGAAUUGUACCAGAUGAUGCUUGACUGCUGGCAACAAGAUUUAGAUGAACGUCCUACAUUCCCUGAGCUUGAAGACAGUCUGCAAAGGUUGGCCAAUGAUGAUAUAACCCCCCACCUUUUGUUCUCUUUGUAUCCAUCAUUUCAGUAUGAACUGUAUGCACCUCAUCUAGAGUUUUUGGAUUAAACUCCUCAGAUAAAUAUUGAGUCAUGUACCAAUUAACUUUCAAGUUUUUAGACUCUUGACUUGCCAGGUGUAUUUACACAUUCAGUUAUCACUGUUCAUUUUGUGAAUUGCUUGGUGGGAUGAAGUGCAUGACGUAUGUCCCAAAAACUGUCCAACAAUGUUAUCGUAAAAUAUAGUACAGUGUUCUUGAAUAAUUGUGGAUUAUUCAUAAAUAUUUUAGCCAAACAAUGAAAUAUUGUGCCAAGAAAAUGGUAUUACUUUGCACAUGUUUUUGUACAAUAUCUCAUCACAAGGAUUUUUUAUUUUCAGGUCAAAUAUAGUUUUAUAAACUUAGCAACUUAAGUCAAUAUAAUUGCUACAACUUAGUUAUGAAUCUUGUAAAUAUCCUGUACUGUUUAUGCGGGUCAGCAUUGUAGGUGGUUCACACUCCUUUAGAGAUUUAUCAUAGAUAACAAGAAAGAAUUGUGAUGGAACUUGAUCAUCAUCUUGUAACAGACUGAAGGUUAAACCUAUUUUAGCUUAAUUUUGUCUUUUUUUUUUUUUUUUUUUUUAUAUUUGAAUUUUCAAUAUUGAAUUUUAUGAAAUGAUGUAUAUUGUAAGGGAAUUAGAAAUAGCUUGCCACUAUUCAGGUACUUUCAGCUAAUGGAAGCUUAUUCUCUUUUCUGUCAUUCUACAUUAGUGAUAUUUCAAGUUUGUAGCAUAAAAAAGAAUGAAGCUUGCAUUAUUUGCACAUAAUAUUAAUAGAUAAAAAUUAAUCCUACUGAUCAAGUUCAACAUAAAAAAUUAGGUAAUAAAUGAAAUGGUUAUUAUUAGAUUUCAAUAAUGUUUGAGAGGCUCAAUCAUUUUCACCCACUACAUAGGUUGUAUUGUAAUGAGUUAUUCUGAAGCAUUGUUGCUUACUGUAAAGUUUGUCAUUGGAUGGACUGCCAUGUGGAUAUGGCAAUAGUAGUUAUAAACAAAAUAUUGUAACUCGUAAAAACAGAGGUGGUACCAAGGGGGAGGGGCUUGGGGGUGACUUAGCCACACCCAAAAAAAUUCCCUGAGCUCCGAAAGCCCCCUUCAAAUAAAAAUAGUGAUAAUAGUAUUAAAGCUGCUUCAAAACAAAUCUUCUAGCUCUCCCUGCCAGCCAGAUAGCCACUCCCCAGACCCUCCCACCCCAUGUAUAGAAUUCUGGUGUUGCCCCUGCAUAAAAACUGUAGUUUAAUAUAACCAAUCCAUAUUUCAUUGGAAAUAUAUUUAAGGACAAGUACUGCCAAUUUUUAAAAAUAAUUUUAAGUUUUGUGUGUAUUUUAUACAAGUGCAGUAUAUAAAGCUUUAAGAGAAUUUGGCAAAGCAUAACUCAGAUGUUUGGUCACAAAUCGGACAACUUGCCCUUAUAAGACACUGCAAAAGCAGCUGUAUGGUGUUAAUGUAUGGUUAUACUACCAGUAUAUUAUUCAAAUAAUGUAGAAAUGUUAGAUGGUGUGAAAGAACAUUAUGUACUUAAUUAUCAUGUAUUAGUGUAUACAUGCAGCAUGCAUGCUGCAAACUGAAUACUUAUUUUUUUAUGUAAAACAAGCAAAAAAUAUUUUGCUGACAUUCCAUUUUUUGUACAGUGAACACUACUACCUAACUGCAUCCCUAAGAACAAGCCUGGUUGUCAUUAGCAGAGGCAUGUACAAUGUAUGUGUUUAUUUAAAUCCAUCUCAAUAAUUUUACUACCAUGUGGCAUGGUUGAGGAUAUUCCCACUUCUUGAGUAUUCAUUGAUUUGGUUGACAAAGAUAAAGUUUUUAAAAACAGUGAUUGAUGACAGCCUUAACCAGAUCAUAGAAGUGCAUCUGAUGUUUUACCAGAUGAUCGAUGUGCACUGGACUGCUCAAACACAGUUAAAAUCUCUUCCUUUUUCAAGAAAACAAAUGACAGGACUGAAAAUCAUGUGCCAUCCUUUCAGUCUGCAACCUUCUCUAUACCCUCCCCAAAUUGUAUACUAUUCUCAUUACCACCAACACAUUAGGUAACAUAUUAGUUUUAUUUUUUAUUAUUAUUUUUUUUUUGCUUCCAGCGUUGUAGUCGCCUCUUACAACAUGCGUGGGUUAUGGAGGAAGAAUUCUGUUCCUUUUCCUCAUGGAGUUAUUUGUUUUUCUUGUUUUUAAUAUACAGUGGUACCCCGACUUUCGUUCAACUCCCAACUCGAACAAUUAUGUAAGUUCAUUAUUGUAAGUGCUUUUGUGAGUGUAUUAUUGGGGGUCUGAAACAGACUGAUCUAAUUUACAUUAUUCCUUAUGGGAACAGAUUCGUUCGGUAACGGCACUCGAACAGCCUUCUGGAAUGAAUUAUGUACAAAACUUGGGGUACCACUGUAAUCGCUUCUGUGACUUUUUUAUUUAUAUAUAUUACUGUUAGUUGUUCAGUGCUAUGUGGAUUUUGGGUGAGAGAUCUCCAGUCUCUACCAAAAUUAACUGUGUACAUGGUAUCUAUGCAUGAUGAAUUCACAUGUUGGUAGCAGAUUUUUUUUGAGUGUAUAAUGACAUUUUUUGCUCUUUAUGCAAAACAUAUGGGUUUCAUAUAAUGUACUUAUUAAAUAUUAUCAACUGCUGUGUCAGGAAAGCUAAGUUUAUUUGAUUUAAAUGUCUAAGCACAAUGUUAUUGAUCUCAGCAACGUUGAAUUGGCUGUGGCUUAUUUCUGUGACGGCAAAGUCAGACUAUGCAUAUUACCAAGCCAUUUAAAAAUUGUGUUACUGAAUCUCAUGUUAAAUUUCCAUCAGCUAUGUAUAUUAGCUGGUUAUAUUGACAAAGGAUUACGAGAGUGAAUCUCAUUUAAAUGCUAACUUCUACAUUCUGACCAUUUUGCAUAUGUUGAGAAUCCAUAUACUAAGUGGGAUAAGGGACUUAGUACAGGAGGGCCUCUCUUUACAGUGCUUUGCUUUGUGGUAAUUCACUAAUAUAGCAGUUUUCAGUGUAUACCCAUUCUUCAUUUAUUCAGAUUUCCUACAAUAAAUAUAUUCACCACUCACUAUAAGCUAAGGACAAAAAUAUUUUAAGGUAAUUAAUGUGUGUUCUGUAUAUGCAUUUUUAAGACAGCUCUAUUGCUCACUUAACAUAUGAUAGUGUAAAUAUGUUAUCAGGCUUUUAUAUGCAUUUGAAAGUGAUAAAAAGACUAUGAUUCAUUUUACAGCAAUUUUUGCUUUACAGCAGUAGUCAGGAACCUAACCUGCUGUAUAAUCGGGGCCCUCCUGUAGUUGGUUCACAUUACUUAUGGAAAAGUAAAUGCAGAUAAUUUAUAAGUAUGUGUUAGGUGUAGUCAGAUGCACACCUU